GCGUCUUGCGAUCGCCCUCUUGUGCGCGAACGCGUCGAAUUUGCAAGUCUACCAUCCUCAGUCUCUUUCACCACGCGAAAUUAGAUCGAAUUUGCACCUGAGUGCAGACUAAGACUCUAUUUCACGCUUCUCUCGGAUCCAAAAUGCGUCCACAAGCCGAAGAUGUCGAGGAUGACCUCGCAGCUGAGGAGGAGAACAAACUCAUCAACGAGGAAUAUAAGACUUGGAAGAAAAACGCGCCGUAUCUCUAUGAUAUAGUCAUCACCCACGCGCUGGACUGGCCCAGUCUUACGUGUCAAUGGUUCCCUGACACCGUAUCCUCCCCCGACAAACCCUACACAACGCAUCGGCUUUUACUGGGGACGCACACGUCAGGCCAGUCGCAAGACUACCUUCAAAUUGCUUCUGUCCAAAUUCCCAAACGUUCGGGUCCCGGUGCUGAGAAGCUGGAUCGCGCGGACUACGACGAUCAGCGGGGAGAACUUGGCGGGCACACCCUUCCUCCAACCCCACGCAUCCAGAUCAUCCAGAAGAUCAACCAUGAAGGAGAGGUCAACCGCGCGCGGUACAUGCCACAGAAUCCAGACCUGAUCGCGACCAAGGCGGUGACAGGCGAGGUGCUCGUGUUCGAUAGAACGAAGCAUGGAAGUGAGCCUGAACGCGGAGGUGUGUGCAAGCCGGAUAUACGACUGGUGGGACAAACCCGAGAAGGCUACGGACUGGCUUGGAACCCUGUGAAACAAGGGCAUGUUCUCGGCGCUUCAGAGGACACAACGGUUUGUCAUUGGGACGUUAACUCGUACACCAAAGCCAAGACCUCGAUUGAGCCCACAAACGUUUUCCGCGGUCAUACUUCUGUCGUUGGAGACGUGGACUGGCACCCCACCAAAGAGAAUGUAUUCGCCAGUGUCGGCGACGAUAAGAUGCUCAUGAUCUGGGACACACGGGCACCAACAGAUCCGUCCACCAAAAUCCAAGCCCACGACCGAGAGAUCCUGGCUGUGGCUUUUAAUCCGGCUGCCGACCAUCUACUCAUCACUGGCAGUGCCGACAAGACAAUCGCACUACACGACAUCCGCUCACCGGCCAAGAAACUGCACAUCUUCGAAGGUCACAUUGACGAGGUUCUGCACCUGGCAUGGUCACCCCACAAUCCCACCAUCUUCGCCUCUGCAUCGAGCGAUCGGAGAAUAAACAUCUGGGAUCUAUCCAUGAUUGGAGAGGAGCAGACACCGGACGAUCAAGAAGACGGUGCACCGGAGCUUCUGUUCGUUCAUGGAGGUCACACCUCGCGGCCCACCGACUUCUGUUGGGCACCUGGCGAGGCGGAUAACUGGACGGCCACCAGCACAUCGGAAGACAAUAUCGUCAUGGUUUGGCAGCCGACCAUGCGUGUCUGGGCGGGCGACGCGGUCAACAUCGACGAGAAGGAGCUUGAAGCAGACGCGAUGGAAGGCAUUGAGGUCACUGGACCCAGCGGGAAAGGGAAAGGAAAGAACGUCGAGACCGGGGGCAGCUUGAGCAGCCAGAGCAUGAGUGUCAGCGCGAGUAUCUCCGGGGAUGACUGA